AUGUCAUCCACCGGCGCAACCACGAUACGACUAGCUUCCUCCUCCGACCUCCCGGCAACAAGCACUCUGGUCUCUUUAGCCUAUUCGCCUUACAUCCCUCGCCUGGAUGGCAAGUUUCCAGCGCCCAUGACCGCAGACUAUGCAUCUCUGAUCAACUCCUCGUUUCUCUACUCCCUGAUUGCCAACGAAACAGUCAUAGGCUGUAUUUCUCUAUGCGCCAGCACAAGCCACGACAGCGCAUUGGAGAUCAAUAAUCUAGCCAUCCACCCUUCGUCACAAGGGAAAGGCUAUGGAAAACUCUUGCUAGCGUUUGCAGAAGACGUGGCUAAGGAAAAGGCACUGGAGAAUUGUUGUCUCUAUACCAAUAUCAAGAUGGUGGAGAACGUAGCUUUGUAUACUAAGCUCGGGUAUAAGGAGAUAGGGAGGUGGUCUGAGGACGGGUUCGAGAGGGUGUUCUUCGUAAAGGCUUUGAACUGA